AUGGCGGCCGCCAAGUCGACGAGCCGAAGUGUCCCCGGCUCCGGUGGGCCAGUUAGAGUUGGAUACUAUGAAAUGGAAACUACAAUCGGCAAAGGCAACUUUGCUGUGGUUAAAAGGGCUUCCCACAUAGUCACUAAAACCAAGGUAGCUAUCAAGAUUAUAGAUAAAACACAGCUAUGUGAAGAUAAUUUGAAGAAAAUAUUCCGUGAAAUAAAGAUUAUGAAGCUGCUCAAACAUCCACACAUUAUUCGUCUUCAUCAGGUGAUGGAGACAGAGAGGAUGUUGUAUUUGGUCACCGAGUAUGCGAGUGGAGGGGAGAUAUUCGAUCAUCUUGUUGCUCAUGGGAGAAUGAAUGAAAAAGAAGCACGAAAAAAAUUCAAACAGAUUGUUGCUGCAGUGUCGUACUGCCACUGUCGUCAAAUUGUCCACAGGGAUCUCAAAGCUGAAAACCUACUGCUGGACGCAAACCUCAAUAUCAAAAUAGCUGAUUUUGGGUUCAGCAACUACUUCUCACCUGGGACAAAACUGAAGACCUGGUGUGGCAGUCCCCCCUAUGCUGCCCCGGAACUGUUUGAGGGGAGGGAAUAUGAUGCCCCUAAGGUGGACGUCUGGAGUCUCGGGGUGGUCCUGUAUGUACUUGUGUGUGGUGCUCUGCCAUUUGAUGGCAGCACGCUGCAGUCGCUGCGAUCUCGGGUGCUCAGCGGCAAAUUCCGCAUUCCAUUUUUCAUGUCUACAGAGUGUGAACACUUAAUCCGGCACAUGCUGAUUGUUGAUGCCAACAAGCGGCUGUCGGUGGACCAGAUUGUUACCCACAAGUGGAUGAAGCUCGGCGACGUGGACGUGGAGUUUCACGAGAUGAUCCAGGAGUACAACCAAGUCACGGACCUCGACCCACACCAUGCUGUCCCACCCAACCCCCAGAUCCUGCAGUAUAUAGAGGAGCUCGGCUUCGACAAGGAGAGGACCUUGAAGUCUGUGCUUGAGCAGUGCUUCGACCAUCACAGUGCAAUUUACCAUCUACUCCUGGAGAAGUACAAGAAACAUCCAAAGACACUCACCAGCAAACUCCCCAGUAUCAUUCUGCCCCAGAACUUGCCCAUAGCGACGCGGACGGAGAGAAGGUCCAGCAUCACCACUGGUGUGGUGGAGCGAGUGGAGGUGCCUGUCGAGGUCCAUGAAGGGGAGAGGGCGUCGCCUCAACCCCCAACCACCCUACCCCUCCUAGCUGCUCAUCUAAGUGCCAUUACCCAAGUGCAAUUUAACAACGACAAGAAUCAACUCUCAGCUCCUGAGGACAGCAAUCAGUCAGAUUCGGAUGAGGAGCCGUGUCCCGAGGCUCUGGCACGGUACUUGGCCAUGCGGCGCCACACGGUGGGCGUGGGGGACCCCCGGCACGAGGCGCCAGAAGACGCCAGGGUCAAGAUGGCCCAGAACCAAGCACUCAUUGCCACACCGCAGCCCAAUUUCUUCAUGCCGUUCACGACGUUCCCCAACACAAACCUCCCCCAGUACCUCCCCCCAGGCUCAUCCCCCCUCCAGAACGUCUCCAUCACCGAUCACAACCUGCUGCAGCCUCCCAUUCCAUUAGGGCAAGGUACAUCCCAGAUGGCUAGAAGAGCGUCUGACGGCGGUGCUAACAUCCACCUCUUCUCCCAACACUUCCAACGUCAGAUGUACUUUGAUAGCCAACCAGGAAGUCAUGAAGGGUUGUCUCCCUUGAGUCAGACAACAUUGUCCCCGACAGGGUUGUCACCCCUGAGCCAGUCGACGCUGUCCCCUACGGGGAUCCCACUGCCCACGCCGUCCCUGCAGAACUCCAUCACAGUGGAGGAGGUGGAGGAUGGUGGAUCGGACCAGGAGCCAGAUGCUGAUGCUGUGUACAGAUAUUUAAACAAUCGCGGAUGGUCCAAGCGACACACGUUAGCGAUGGCCAAUCCGAUGAAUGAGAUCCCUGAAGAGCUACAGCGGAAACUGUCUCUCCAGCCAAUCCGACACCGGCGGGGCGGGGGCCUACUGUCCCCGACAGACCGCUCAAGUACACGGGACUCCUUCAAGGACAUCACCUCACUCCACCUGCCCAACGAGCGCUUUUCCCCGGUGAGGCGUGCCAGCGAAGGCCUGGCCAACAUGCCCAAGUACCAGCAAGUGCAUCUGGAGAAGAUCUUCAACCAGACCCUCGGGGCCCAGCAGCAGCAGCAGCAGCAGCAGCAGCAGGGGCAGGGGUCGAGACACAACAGUCAGAACAGUGUCAAGGCCAUCCAGCAGGAGUGCCAAGAACUGCAGAAACAAGCUGGUUCAGUGGAUGUAGAAAAACAAGCAGAACUGCAGCAAAAACACACUAUUUCCCGGUUUCAGCAAUCUCUACAGACUACAUCCACUCUGCAGAGAUCUCCCGUGCCUUCCCCACCUCUCCCAGCAUCCCCCAGUUUCCAGCGGCAACAAGUCACAUCAGAUGUGUUGCCUGGCAACUUGUAUCAGCACCUUCAGCGACUGCACUUACAGCAGAUCCAGACAUCGAGUGCCUCUUCCCCAUUCAGCCGAGCCUCGCCCCCGACCUUGACUUCUGUCCUGCCACCGUCUCAGCGCUCCGAGUCCCCCACCCCGACCUACACCCACCUGCUCCAGAACUACCCCCAGACCCACCAGCGUAGCAGCUCGCCCCCAAACUUCCAGAAUCUCCACAUGAUCCGAGAGGACGCGGGGGACGCUGCCGAACCCAUGAGGACGGAAGAAGAGGACAUGUUUGUAGAUACGACAGCAAGCAGCGAAAAAAAUGCACAGGAAGUGAGACACAGACAGUUUGCGGGGAAACCGCAGAUCAGCAUCACUGAUACACAAGGUCAUGUGACCGAUGUGACGAACGAAGACGAUGAGCGUGUUUUAGAUAGAACGAAUGUGCCAAAGACUGUGGCUUCCGGAGCCUCAGGAGUAUCAUCAGGGGUCGGAGCCAGUCCACUGCAGUCACCUAUGACCUCCGACCCCAUUCAAACAGGUCAGCAUCCCCGGCAACCCGGUGCCCCUACCUAUCCCUUGUAUCUGUUUAAUAACUAUGUAAAUACAAACCUGGCCGGCAUCCAGCCGCCAUUGUUCCCACCUGAGGAUGCGGCUGCGGAGAUGGGCGUGGUCAACUUGUGCAACUCCCAGUUCAUCCUCAACAGCUCCCGCCUCCACCGAACCAACCAGUCACGGUUCCGGCGCCAUCACACCCUCCACGACGCCCGUGACCCAUUCUUCCAGUACACCCUUCAAAACACGCCCCUCAUUAACACAGACUCUAUACCUCGAGGUCACAGCUUCGACCAGGCCGACCUCCAGUCGAGGACGGUCCUCGAUCUCUCCCCCCAACACAAGGCCGCUCACAUCACCCACUCCCACAGCCAGGAGAAUGUAGUGUCGGCGCCGGUCAAUGGCUGCUAUUUCUCCUCCCCAUCACCGAUAAGCAUAGACUCUUCCAAGGUAGUCAUCCACAUCAACCCCGACUUGCACAAAACUGUUGACGAUGUGUUGUCUGCCAUCAAAAACAUGUUAGAUACUCGAUGUCCGGACGUGGACUAUCACUGCUCGCAGAACUUGUUCCGUCUCCAGAACGCAGACGUCCAGGUGGAGCUGGAGAUAUGUGACGGGGACGUUCCCGGGGUGCAGGUCCGGAAGCUGUCCGGGGACAGUGUCCAGUACUCCCGCCUCUGUCAUGAUCUGCUCUCCUGCAUGAAUAAUUAAGUCAUUACUGUCCAAACUCUCUGUCACAGUCACAUGUAGGCAGCUGUGUGUGUAGGUUGUAUAGGCUAUCAGUUCCCAAAGAGGGGCAGGUCAGCUGAAAUUGCUGAGGCAAACGGUGACCUCGUAAACUCUUACAGCAGCAACAACAAUAGGCUAUUAUGUCACAACCACACAGCUAUGUGUAACAGGACGAAGAAAUAGGAAGAGGUCUAAGUGCUUAGUUUUAUAUCAUUAUGUGGAAUACAAUCUCAAAAUACAGUGUUUAAAUAUCUCUGAAUUUCAGAAAAGAAGUUACAUGCAGUCAAACCUCAUUGUGUCGAGCUUGGAUGUGUUGAAUUUACGGUGUUCUUGAACUCAUUUAGGAGUCAAAAGUAUCUAAAUUAAGUGUGAAAUUCCACUGAUGUCUCGAACCCUGUAUAACUAGAAUUUUUCCCAGGUCUCCACGAGUUCAACACAAUGAGGUUCGACUCUAUUAAAAAAGUAACUUUGAGAAAUCACAUUUUGAACAUUUCUGGUGCCUCCGCGCUGAUAGAGAUUGAAUAUUGCUAAAAGCGGGGAAAAACAAUACUCACUCACUCACUCAAUGUGACAAUGUUAUAGGGCAUAGCAGUGAUUGUUUUCUGUCGCUAACAGUAACGUGCUGUUUUACUAAGAGAGCAAUAAUGCAUGUCAUGUUGGAUAUCACACUGCUGCUUGUCUUUCAAGUAUUGCUAUGUGUUCGUUUGUAGGGCAAAUAAUAUUUCUAUCUUAAACAUUUAUUUUCUUUUUUAAAUUAUUUAAUUUUUUUUUUUUAACCUGUCGGCCACUUCAGUGUAGUUAAUUUUGUGUGGAUUCAUAUUUUGACAUAUUUUAAAAUAUUUAUGUGAAACAAAAUAAUUGUGUCAAGUAACCUGUGGGACCUGUAACCUGUGACCAUGUCCGAUAUCUAUCCAUGGUCAGGGCUGGUGAUGAUCUGUGAUGGUUUGAAGCUGUGUAUACUGCAUGCUGUGACCAUGUCCGAUAUCUAUCCAUGGUCAGGGCUGGUGAUGAUCUGUGAUGGUUUGAAGCUGUGUAUACUGCAUGCUGUGACUGUGGCAGGGAGAGUCUUUGUGUUUUUGCCAAUGUUAAAAGUCUGGCCUGUAGACAAGCCUCUCUUUUUAAAAAUUGUCUUGAAGUGACACGGUUGAUUUUUGUUUGAGGGUGACAAUUUUAUAUUGGGAGGGUUGUAAUAUUUUUAAUAACUAUUUUUGUCCCUUUGGGGAAAAGAUUCACUUAUCCCCCGGUUUUACAAACAUUUUAAUCAAUCACCGGACAUGUGAAAUGUCCAGAUAAGUACUGUUUUGUGGGUACAAACAAGUGUUUAGUUCCUCCUUUCAAACCCGUAUUCGACGUAAUGAGCGCUCAGGGUGCUCUCAAAAUUAGAAAUAGGGGGCUGUUAUUCAAAUAUAAUUUUGGUGAGAAAAAAAACAGAGUUGAAAGAUCGUAAAUUUCAGGGUUCAUGCUGAAAGCAUGAAAUGAUACGAAAGAAAAGUCUGUGCAUUUUAUACACGACAGAUAUAUUUUCCAGAAUUUAAUUGCCAAUAAUUAAGGGUGCAUAUAACACACCAGUGCGUAUUAUACACGAAUAAACAAGUCUUGUGUACAUUGAUCAAUCGGAAGGGGUGCUAAUUGGGAUUGUUCACUAGCCAAUAUAUUAGCAAAUAUCGCCGUGGGCGAUUAUUAGAGCGGGGCGCUUAUUACGUCAAAUCCGGUAUGUCUUGAAGCGCUGAGUGAUGACAGUCUGUCCCAGGGAACUGACUUUAAAAAGGGUAAAUGAUACUUACACAUGCACCUCACAGGUCCAAGGUGUCAAGACUGAACUUUUCAGAAAGUUUGACCUACAAUUGUCUGUUAUUGAUCAUCAAUAAUCAACCAUGUCUCUCCAGACAAUGGGGACACCUACAGGCGGAAUGUAGACAUGCCAAUGUUUAGCAUGACUAGAGCAAAGAGAGUUGAAUAUUGAGUUGUUGUAUUCAGUGGAGAUUUGAUAUAUCUCAGGGUUUUUUCUUUUAAUGCUUUACAGAUGCUUUGACCCAAAAUGCUGAGAAAAUUUGUAAAAAAAUUAUAACUAUCAUUUUGAAAAAAAAUAUUUUGAUCACUGCCGACCUGAAGCACAUUCGUGUUAGAAUAAAAUAUGUAUUGAUAGAAUCAUGCAAUGCACUAACAAGACAACUUCGCUAUCAAAACUUUCCACUUUGCAGAAGGUAGCUUCUGCCCUGAUUUAUGAGGAAAUGCAGUGUUGAUAGUUAGGGGACAUAAGUCCAGACCUCAUAGACGGGCAAGCAUGUCAGGGUUAUAGUUAUGAAUCUCAAUGCUUUCAAUUUUUCUACAAAUUGGAACUGAAUAAAACUGACAGAAAAUGUAAACAGGACAAGCUACAAACUUUGCAUCUUCCUGAGGCAAGAGAGUUAACUGACUAUAAAAGUCCUGUUUCCACCCUUGCCGAACUA